UUUUUAAGUUCGACUGUAGGGGGGCGAGUGAUUUUAGUGCACGUUGUUAUUAUUGCUCCUGUAGUUACAGUGCGGCCGCGCGAUUGACUCGCGUUUCUGUUACGCGCUGAUACGCGUGUUUGAUUACGCCGCGAACAUUUUUUUUGGAUUUCGAACAAGACGAAACGACAGAUGUACUUCUAUGUGGUGACGUUAUUGGCGUGCGCGGCGGCGGCGCGCGCGUCCGUGGAGGUGGUGUCACAGUGGAGCCUGCUGCAGUUUGACUUCCCACCUGACCCCGUGCUGCUGGACAAGUUCCAGCCAGAGAAUACUGUACCUACUGGAUUGGAGAUAGGAUGGGAUAAGAUCUACGUGGGCAUUCCGCGUCUGCGUGCCGGUGUACCCGCUACCUUGGCCUGGGUGCCACGCUCACUGCCGCCCGGCGUCAGCCCCGUGCUGCAGGCGUACCCAGACUGGUCGUACCACACGGCGGGCCGCGGCGAGAUCAACUGCACGGGGCUGGUGUCGGUGUACCGCGUGCGCGCCGACCGCUGCAACCGCCUGUGGGUCCUCGACGCCGGCGUCACCACCAGCCUCGACGACUUCCGACGAGUCUGCCCCCCCAAGAUACUCAUAUUCGACAUGGCUACGGAUCGCCUGGUGCGAAGCGUGUAUUUCCCCCGCGAGCUGCUGCGUCCCGCGUCUCUGCUCACCAACAUCGUGCUGGACGACACCCGCUCCGCCCGUCACUCCGCUACGUGCGACAACAUCUUCGCUUACAUCAGUGAUACUGUAGCUCCUGGCAUCAUAGUGUACGACGGUCAGCGCGACAACGCAUGGCGGGUCACCCACGCGUCCAUGUACCCCGACCCCGACCUGGGCGAGUACGACAUCUUGGGAGAAAAGUUCACCCUUAUGGACGGCGUGGUCGGUUUAGCUCAUUCGCCUGCUCAGGGUCUUCUGUACUAUCAGCCUUUGGCUACUGACAGAAUCUUCAGCGUGUCAACCGCAGUGCUGGCUUCCGGUCCGCCGGCGGAGGGUGCUGACCUGCCCGUCAACCUGGUCGGCCGCAAGUCCUCGCAGGGUCUCGGUAUUGCUGUGGAUCCUCGCGACGACACCAUCAUCUUCAGCCCCAUGACCGAGACCGCGGUCGCCGCGUGGAACCCCAUCAGCAACUCGCACAGAGUUCUGGCCCAAGAUCCGGAGAAAUUGCAGUUCUGCGCGGAGGUGCGGUGGGCGGAGCGCGACAACGGCGCCGUGUGGGUCCUCUCCACCCGUUUCCACAAGUUCUUCAAGCGCACUGUGUCUAAACAUGAGAUCAACGUCCGUAUAAUCCGUAUUGUGGAAGACAGCUACGGGAAUGGCUUCCCCCUCGCCCCGCGCGCGCCGCUCGCCCCCCGCGUCCCGCUUUCUCCGCUCCCCGCCCACGUCCUGCGCCGCUCUACAAACUAUACGUCCUACUACUAAGUCCCAGUCAUUAUACUAUAAGAGAAGUUUAUUUCUAGGCAGUUGGCGGACCUAAGAAAUUUGGUAGCGUUAAGUCAAA